AUGUUGUGCAACCGGUUGCGCCGGGUGAACAUCGCUGUUUUACGCGUACGUUUUGCAAACAUUGUAGGGCAUUUUUUUAGAUAUGCACAUAGGUACACGGAAGGCAUUAUUAGCGAAAAGCAUAUUCGAAAUAUUGGUAUUUUGGCACAUAUUGAUGCGGGCAAAACUACGACCACCGAACGAAUGCUCUACUACUCCGGACGUACCAGUAUGCUGGGCGAAGUAAAGCAUGGAACGACGGUGACGGACUUUUUACAGCAAGAACGCGAACGAGGCAUUACGAUAUGCAGCGCGGCGGUUAGUUUCAACUGGAAGGAACAUCGUAUCAAUUUACUCGAUACACCUGGUCACAUAGAUUUUACCAUGGAAGUAGAGCAAUCACUUGCUGCGGUGGACGGAACCGUGAUUAUUCUUGACGGUUCUGCGGGCGUAGAAGCACAAACAGUAACCGUGUGGGGCCAAGCUGAUCGUCAUCAUUUACCACGGUUGGUAUUUGUCAACAAAAUGGACAAGGGAAGUUCAGAUUUCGAUGCAUGCGUGCAAGAUCUAAAACAUCGAUUAGCUACAGUUCCAGUGCCACUACAAAUACCAUACAAAGAAGCUGGAGCAUUGGUAGGAGUAAUUGACAUUUUGUCUAUGACCAAAAUCAUUUGGGACUCCAAAAGCAAGGGUCGUUUAUAUAAAGCAAUCCCAUUACAUGGAACAACUUUGCAUGAUAAUGUUCGAGAAAAAUUAUAUGAGCUGAUCGACACACUAUCGGGGAUGGAUGAUAAUCUUGCUCAAGCUAUAAUAGAUGCGAACAGUUUAGAAAAUGUUAAACUGAAGCUAGUGUUAGAUGCUAUUCGCAGUUGUACUUCGAAGCAGCAAAUAGUACCCGUGCUACUAGGAUCAUCCUAUAAAAACGUAGGUGUGCAACUACUUAUGGAUAAUGUAUUAAACUUCUUACCAGCCCCAAGCGAACGUAACACGCUUUAUGAUUGCUUUGCAAAUGAUUUUGUUGGUAAGGUGUUUAAAGUUACACAUGACAAACAACGCGGCCCAAUUACGUUGAUUCGUGCGUUUCGAGGCAAUUUGAGGAAAGGAUCUAAAUUCAUUACCGUCAAGUCAGGUGGAUCGACAGAGACGGUACAACGCAUUUAUGAACCGCUAGCCGAUGAGUACCGCGAGAUUGAUUCGUUCGGUGCGGGCAAUAUAGGGCUAUGCGCUGGCCCCAAAUCGACUGUGACAGGAGAUUUAGUGAUAGCAAAUGCAGCUGCUUUGAGAAAAGCUUUGAAAAUAUUAGCUAUCGUGGCUGGCGACAAUCGGACUGAGGACGACGAAAAAGCAUCGUUAGUUUCAAAGUUGGGUUUAAAAACUACGAUACCAGAUGCGGUUUAUUUUUGCUCCAUUGAACCACCAUCAACGGGACAGCAAACAGCGUUAGAAAAUGCGCUGCGUGAAAUCCAACGAGAAGACCCAAGCCUCCGAGUGCGUUUUGAUGAGGUAACCGGUCAAACUGUGUUGGGUGGCAUGGGGCAAUUGCAUCUUGAAAUAGUAAAAUCACGCCUUCUAAGCGAAUAUCGAAUCAAUGCCGAUCUCGGUCCUCUUCAGAUAGCCUACAAAGAAGCCCUUCAACAAUCCGCCCGAGGACAAUGGGUUGCAGCAAAAGACAUUGCUGGAAGUAAGCAAUCUGUUUACGUAGAUUUAACUAUAUGUCCCUGUUCGUCGCAAGAUGAGCAUAACAUGGAGCGGUUUAUACUAGAUAACAGUGCCGAAGCGCAAGAAAGUUUGAAACUGGUUAGACCGCGACAGAUGGCUCUAUUUCGGAAAGGUGCUCUAGCCGCCUUACAACGAGGACCAAAGAUGGGUGGCCAGAUGGCGGAUUGUAUUAUCAAACUCCACGCUCUAACGAUAGACAAAGGUACCGCAGAGACCUUUAUUAUGGCUGCGGCUGCUCAGUGUGUUGGUAAAAUAUUGACGGAUUCUAGGUGCCGCUUGCUAGAGCCAGAUAUGUUACUAGAAAUAGUUGUGCCAAGUAAGUAUCUGCCACCAAUUAUGGUUGAUUUGAGUCGAAGGCGAGCACGUAUCGAACAUGUUACACCACGAGGAUCUGACAGUAGCGUCAUUAAAGCAAAUGCACCUCUUGUGGAACUGGCAAAUUACUCCACAGUAUUACGCACGAUCAGCUCUGGUACCGCGAGUGUUUCUAUGGAACCGAAUGGGCAUUCCCUGUUAAAUGAGUUACAAGAAAAACUAGCCUUGAAGCGUGCUUUCGGAAUGGAAUAAUUAAUAGGUUGAUCACUCAUAGGCUAAUGAAGGAAUAAUUUAUCCAUCGUACUUGGAAGCAGAACGGAGAGGAUGAUAAUUUUGGCUAAUAUUUCAGCGAUACCGCUUCUGGGACAUGUUCAAGGUUGAGCGACAAGUUCUCGUUCCUUUUCUGUUCCUUCGAAGAUUGCCUGCUUUUGCAAAGCCUGCUGUAAUUGUGCUGCAUCAAACUUUUGCUUGGACCAUCGAUAGCGGCAAGGAAACCAAUAACUUAAAGUGACGGCCAUAAAUGAACCAAACCCGAUGUGCGUUGAAAGCUGCGGACGAGAAGUUUUCAUAAAUGCUAAAAAUCCUAUACCCAUUCCGAUGCUGAUUCCAUAAAGAAAGCUAUUCCGAAAGCACGGAAUUGUGCUCACAUCUCGUCCGAAAAUAAUG